AUGCGCUCUGCCAUCCGAGCAGCAGCUGUUGUUGCUCUGGCGGCUCCUGUGGCGCACGCUUUGGCUCCGCGCUCGCAGAUCACCAGCGAUUCCUACGAUUUUGUCGUCGUGGGCGGUGGUCAAGCCGGCCUCGUGCUCGGCCGUCGUCUGUCGGAGAAUACCAACUAUACCGUGCUUGUUCUGGAGGCCGGCACCAAUGGCGACGAGUAUCGCGAGCGAAUAGAUACUCCCGCAUACAGCUACUACGACUCCCUCUGGACGACACCGCUCAAUUGGGCUUUCAGCACUGUCCCGCAGCCCAAUGCAGGAGAUCGUGAGAUUUUCUGGCCGCGUGGGAAGACACUCGGAGGCAGUUCCGCCAUCAACGGGCUGUACUUGACCCGCCCGGGCAAAGAUGAGAUCAAUGCUUGGAUGGACAUGCUGGGCGACAUGGACGGCGCCGAUUACUGGGGGUGGGAUUCCUUCUAUUCCGCGCUGAAGAAAAGUGAGACCUUCACCCCGCCGAGUGAUUCAAUCGCCGCCGAGGCAAACAUUACUUGGGACGCCUCCACCCAUGGUACCGAUGGCCCUAUCCAUGCCUCGUACCCGGGCUAUACCUUUUCUCAAGUGGGCCAAUGGAUAAUGUCUCUGGGAACCGUGGGCAUUGCCAGCUCCAGUGAGAUGUACGGCGGCGCCAACUAUGGCGCCGAACUCUCAACAUCCACCAUCAACCCCACCAACUGGACGCGCUCAUACUCUCGAACCGGCUACCUGGAUCCCCUGCCAGACAGUGGAAACUACGAUGUCUUGACUGAUGCCUAUGUUACUCGCCUGGUUUUCAAAAAUCCCUCGAGCAAAGGAAACUUGACAGCAAGCGCUGUCGAGUACACUUGCGACGGCGGCAAGACCAACCAGACUGUUCAGAUCAACAAGGAAGUCAUCCUUACAGCCGGCGCUGUCGGCAGUCCCGCGAUUCUGCUCUACAGUGGCGUUGGGCCUAAGGAUGUCCUGUUAGAUGCCGGGGUUGACCUUGUUUCUGAACUUCCUGGCGUCGGCCAACACGUUCAAGAUCAUUUUAGCGCAACUAUGAAAUGGACUACAAACGUUGAAACUUCGGGUUCCAUCUACUACGAUGACGGUGCUGACAAGAACGACACCCUCUAUCUUUCAUACAUUGACUCGGCUAUUGCCUACGUCAACGCAUCUGCCUUGUUUGGCGAUGAAGUCGAUUCUCUUCAGCAAAGCAUCCUGUCCAACAUCACCUCGUAUUCUCCAAACACGACCUAUGAUGCUGGUGUGGUUGCUGGCUAUGAGGCGAUUUGCAACAUUACUGCAAACACUAUUCUGAACAGCACUGUCGGCCAGAUUGAGAUCUUGUAUAUGAACAGCGAUGCCAAUGGCGACGUUGGCAUCACUGCUGCGCUUCAACACCCGUACAGCCACGGCCGUAUCUAUAUCAACUCCUCGAACCCGCUCGACUACCCGGUCAUUGACCCGAACUAUCUCGCUCACCCGGCUGAUCUCGAUAUUCUACUCAAAGGAAUCAAACUCGUUCGUCGGAUCGGUGAAAGUUCCCCAUUAAAGAGCACCCUCAUCAAAGAGACAACGCCCGGUUCCGACGUGAAAACCGAUGACGACUGGCUCGACUGGCUGCGUCAGUCAGCCAGCACCGAAUUCCACCCCUCGUCGUCUUGCGCCAUGCUGCCGCAGGACCAGGGUGGCGUUGUUGACGCCAAUCUGCGCGUGUAUGGUCUGGCCAAUGUCCGCGUGGCCGAUGCUAGUGUGGCCCCGUUCGCCUUGGCUACGCAUUUGAUGUCUUCGACUUAUGCAAUCGCCGAGCAAGCCAGUGACAUUAUUCUGAAAACGUACAAUACUACCAGCCCUUCGCCCACGGUUCCGCAUUUGAGUACAUCCUCUACCGCGGUACCGGAUCAUACUCCUAGCCCGACCAGUACCAGAGCCAGUGCCGCUUCUGAUUCCCGUCAAAGCCCUGCUGCGUUGUGGUACCUUGGUGCUUCUCUGGCCGUCGUCUUCAGUCUGCUCUUCUGA